GGAACUCGUGUAAAAUGGAUUGAUUUGAGCUACAAGCCUCAGUGGUGGCCAGAAGAGGUUGCUUGGAGAAAUCCAAACAACAAGUCUACAGCUGGUCCUAAAAUGAAAUCUGCAGAGCUUAGUUUGGUUCUGUCUGCAUACCGAGAUUGGCAUGAAUCAACUUCGCAUCCAGGUGCUGGGCCAUCACAUGAACAGCAACCUCAUUCUGGUCGUUUAGAUGAGAACCACUUCGUUUCUGCAGCUACUGAAUGUGAUUUAUCUGCAGAGGAUAUUGCAUUCAUGGAAAGUGUCAUAAAGGAAGAUGAUGACAAUGUAUGCAUGUAUUGACUGUUUAAUGUAAAUUAUGUCAGGUGCAACUCUCAAUUGGUUACUGUACAUUCAGGGCUUGACUAAAAAAAAUAUCGCCUGCCAAAUAAAUUAUUGCCCGCAAUUUCUGUUUUUUAAUUGUCAAAAUUAUCCCUCUCGCAUUCACCACGUCAGAAGAAGUCAUUUUAAUUCGUAUUUCUAUCCCCCAUUUCUAUACAAUACUGUACAUGGUCCUAUUUGACGAUCGACUUCCCAAUUAAAGCAACCACUUUCCAAUCAAUGAAAAUGGAAUCUUGCCAGAGUAAAGCUAUAAAGCUAUAUAGCUAUAUAUAAAGCUAUACUUUAAUUGUUUAAACACCGCAUAUAUUUUGAUGCCAAUGCUUUCGAACCAUAAGCCUGGAUCAUAUUACUGUAGUCGCACUGGUCUGGAUCCAGGCUAUUGUGAUCAAACUGUUGCCCAACUGUUCAACGUGUGUAGAAUAUUGCCUAAUACGUACUGUGUGUUAUUCAUUUAGAGCACUAUUGAUUUUUAUGAUGAGCAUGCUGCAGUAAGGUGCUUACAAUUUGCCGAAAGUUAUCAUGGAGAGCUCUCAAGAUAUGUGCUUCUGGAGUGAUAAAUAAAAUGAACAACCGUACUGCUUUGGUACCAUAUGUCCAUGACUACAUUGAUUUGGAAAGGCUCGAUAGAAGGUAAUAAACGUACUUUAUACCGUAAGUACUGAUAUAGAGCUCCUUGAUUUUGGUGAUAGUAUAGCGAAUGAUGGUGAUACUAGUUUAGUUACUGUGUAUAAAUGAUAUUCGGGCUUUGUUGUAAUGUUCUGCUAUUUUUUGUCUAGUUUGCUAAGUUUCAUUCCACCAUUCAGUAAAAUGUUGAGUGAGGAUGGUGGCAUUGAGCUAGAACCUUUCCAAGCGAGUGCUUUUGGUAACUGCUUUUGGUGUAGCCUAUCAAUACAUCUGACUGGGAACGAAAGCAGACAGAAUUUUCUUCGCUUGGCUUCUGCACUAAAUGCAGUCAUUAACGCAAAACACUUUAUUGAUAAGGUACGGUAUAAAACGGUGGUAUGAAAAGGUACUACACGACAACUACAUGAAUGUGUAGUAUCAGAAUUAAUAUGCACAUGCAUGCAGCUGCUUUGUGAGUUAAAUCAGGGUAAAAUUGUAUAAUUGAAUUGUUGUAGGUCAUUCAACAGUUUACCACUGUAGAUGAGGCGUUGCAAUGGUCAGAGACUGUUUGCUGUCCAUUGAAUACAUCCAAAACCACAAUUAGGGAGAUUGUCGAAGAACGUUAUGUUUCGGAAGUCAAGGAAACGUUCGGUUAUUAUAUAUUUAUAGGGUUAUUACAGGUGUAUUUGGCUUCAGAUUUUUGAGAAGACCAAUAAGGCAAUUUUGCUUGCUUCCCGGCGCUGACCAUUAUAGAACUCGAAUGGAGCCUUUUCAGGUGCUUAUGGUGGGGGGUGGCACCGAAGAGA